GAGGUAUAGCUGGCAGAGACCGAUCGUUACAUCCCGCAGAGACCAUGGAGGGGACAUGAGGGGCUGCGGUCUGGAAGGGCAGAUCUUCUCUCACCAGCUGGCUUAGCUGUGUCACUUGCCUAGGGAUGAGACCUGUGUAAUAUCGUCAGCCAUGAGAAAUGUGGACUCAUGUUUUUCUUGACUUUUCUUCACCUUUAAGGAGAGGAAAAUGGAUCCUGGUUGUUAACUGCCCACCUCCUCGGCCUUGGGACAGUGAGAAAAGUUCGAUGUUGCUUAUGGUGUCAGUGAGGGAACUGGGACCAGUUCACAGCAGGCUUACAUAUUAAACCAUCGUAUCAAAGGCGAGCCGCAGUCUGACAAGAAAUGUAACCUGAGGAGAAAGGACACUAGUGCGUUUGAGCACGCUGAGGGAUUCUUGCAUGACCUGUCACUCUUUCAGUGCUGUAGCCUGAGCAGGUCUUACUGGUUUUUACCGAGUUGGUGGGAGCUGAAUGGGGUGUGGGCUGAUUUCUAUUCGUCCACAGACAUCUCUGCAAUCUUCUUUUCUCUUUUUUAAUUCCCCCCUGGAUAUAAAUCGGAGAAAUAGUGUCCGUCAAGUUUGCUGCCACCUGGGCUCAACCCAGCUGAAUCAAUUUUGGAGGAUACCCUUGCUGCAACCCUCUGGACGUGCUCCUAGGAGGAGGAGAAGCUAAAGCAAUUUGGCAUCAUUGCUGUAGCUUGAGGAAAAACAUUUCUUUUGACUUCGAAGAGAGCUACCAGGAGGAUCUGUGUGAUGUCCUGAUCUCCCCCCAUUUGCCCUGCUGAGCAUGGGGUAACGGUGUUUGACCAUGGUGGUCACCCAGUUACAAUUGGAACUGUGCUUCCAUGGCAAGAAACUGAGAGGUUUCACCUGCAAGUUGACCAGGUCAGCCAGUGGAUUUCUCCCAGAGACUUCAUUCUCCAUUGCCUCCCAGAUUUUCGUGCCGUUCCUUCUGGCUGGCUUGGGCAUGGUAGCUGCUGGCCUCUUGAUGGAUGUUGUUCAACACUGGGACGUGUUUCGGACAAUUACGGAAGUUUUUAUCCUGGUUCCUGCCUUGGUUGGCCUGAAGGGUAAUCUUGAGAUGACGCUGGCAUCCAGACUCUCUACUGCUGCUAACACCGGACAGAUGGAUGAUGCCCAGAAGCAAUGGAAAAUGGCCACCUGCAAUUUAGCCCUUAUCCAGGUCCAGGCCACCGUGGUGGGACUUCUGGCUGCUGUUGCUGCUGUGAUCCUGGGAGCCAUCUCCAAGGGCUCUGUGGAGCUGAGCCAGGCUGCCGUGCUGUGUGCCAGCAGCAUGACCACGGCCUUCAUAGCUGCGCUUUCUCUCGGUCUGGUGAUGAUUGGCGUGAUCAUCGGAGCAAGGAAAGUUGGGAUCAAUCCAGACAACGUCGCCACACCCAUAGCAGCCAGCCUUGGAGAUUUGAUAACCCUUUCCCUGCUGGCAGGAAUCAGCAGUACACUCUUCAAAUACAUAGAUAUAAACUAUAUGAAAUACCUUUCUCCUCUGAUCUGUGCUGUCUUUAUUGUUAUGAUCCCUCUCUGGGUUGCUAUCGCCAAGCAAAGUCCUUCCCUUGCUGAAGUCCUGAAAUCUGGAUGGCAGCCGGUCAUUGUUGCAAUGAGCAUCAGCAGCAUUGGUGGGCUCAUCUUGGACAAAACUGUAACUGACCCAAACUUUGAAGGCAUGGCUGUUUUCACACCUGUGAUUAAUGGUGUUGGAGGGAAUCUGGUCGCCAUCCAGGCCAGCCGUAUUUCCACAUUCCUGCACUUCUGGAGCAUGCCUGGAGUUUUGCCAUACAAGAUGAGGCAGAAUUGGCCCAACCCAUGCACCACAUUCUUCUCAUCAGAGGUGAAUUCCAAGUCAGCCCGAGUCCUGUUCCUCCUGGUUGUCCCAGGGCACCUUGUGUUCCUCUACACCAUCCAUCUGCUGCAGGGAGGCCACACGUCUCUGUCCUUCACCUUUGUGAUGUUCUAUCUGACUGCUGCUUUGCUGCAGGUGGGAAUCCUGCUCUACGUGGCUGACCUAAUUGUGCGCCUGAUGUGGAGGAAGGCGCUGGAUCCGGAUAAUUUUUCCAUCCCCUACCUCACUGCCCUGGGGGAUCUGCUAGGCACCGGAUUCCUGGCCGUCUGUUUCCGCCUGGUUUGGCUUGUCCACGGCGCAGACAUGAACCUGGGGAACUGAGAGACCAUGCGCUGCUCUGCAUCACUCGUGCGACAUGGUGCUUUCCUCUGGGACAACGGGGUACCUGGCGAUGACUGCUGGGUCGCCCGGCUGGAUUGGGCCUUCCCUGCCACCCCCAAUGCCUCAUCUCUCCUCCCCAUCGUGCCUUACAGCUGGGCUCGCCCGCCCUGAGGAUUCAGCACCCACAGACUUGCACUCUUGCAAGUGAGCAAGCCGGUUUCAAGCAGUGCCUGCUGCUCACGCCUGCACCCGGCAAAGAAGGCGUUAAGGAGCAUUUGGGCCAUUUGUAAUGAAUGAGCGUUUUGAUCGGUUUCAGUCCCUAGCACUGACACAGCCCACGAGGCCGCUCCAAAGCCUGCCGAGGUCACUGCAUCUGAUCCUGCAAGUGGAUGUUGCAACCUCUCCGUCCGACUCUGACUUUCCAUCAAGGGAAAUUCUUUAUUCGUCCCCCUUUUCUCUCCCGUCGCAUCCCUGGAGGAGAGCUAGCAGGUCUUUAAACCUGUCUGCCCUCCAUUGCUCAGACACUCAGGAACUGAUGCAGUGAGCUCCUCACUGGCUCAUGCUAGGUGGGAGGUUAUCUAGGGAUACCACCUACCUGCCCUGGCAGCAUCACUGUUGUCUGACUGACAAGCUGGACGAUUGCAUUUUGGGGGUAGGAAGGUUUGUUUUUACGGUUUAUGAAAUGUCCAGUAGUUAAAAUGUUUAUAGAAACACACACACAAAUAAAGUCGUUAAAAAA